AUGGGUUUAGGAACAUUAAGGAUGAAGAAACCGAUUGGAACAGAUGAAAAGAUGAAUGAAAAGAAACCGAACAAACGAUCUCGUAGACAAACCACUAGAUCUCCAUCCAUCGAUCCUACCCUACCACCUUACGGUUAUAGAAAAGAUGAAUCGAUCGAUAUUUAUCCAUCAGGUUCUUCUACAGCUUCAAGAAGAGCUUUUGAAGAAUCUAAAGCAAAAGGGAAAGGGAAAGCAACUGAUUCAGAAAUUGGAAUAGGAGAGGAGUUAGUGAUUAAUUGGACUACUAGUUCGGAAGAAAUGGCUAAUCGGUUAUUGUCUAUACCUUUACAAAACCAUAGAGAAUUUCAACAUAGAUUGAAAGAUGCUUUAAGAGAUGAAGAAGAGAUUAGGUUUGAAAGACUUUUAGAAGAAGAUCAGUAUUUACCUAAACGUUGGAAAUCUAAUGAGUUUGGAAAGCAUCAAGUAAAGGAUCUUGAUAAAACUACACUAUCUAGGAUGGAAGGAGAAGAUUAUGAUGAAUAUAUUAGAAAGAGAAUGUGGAGUAGAAGUCAUCGAACAGAAUAUUUAAAUGCAAAAGAAAAAGAAGAAAAGCAAAGGAAAGAAGAAGUGAAAAGGAAACUAAAGAGAGAAGAAGAGAAGAUCAAGAGUAAGGAAAAGAUGAAGAAUCGAAUGGAAAAAGAAAGCAAACGGAAAGAAAUGAAGAUGAAAAGCUAUAAAGAAAGUUAUGAAACUAAAUGGAAUUUGAUUAAUUCAUUACAAACUUUAAAACAUGAUGAUGAUCAAUCGCAAUCAAUCAACCCAAACCUUUCAUUUGAUCAAAUCCCAUGGCCGAUCUUUUUGGAAGAAGAAUCAGAAGAUUUAUUUAAGACUAACUUACAGAUCGAUUUAAUCAAUCGGUUCACCAUCACAUCGAUUAAAGAGUUCUUAUUUAAAGAUAUAGAAGAUUUCAAUUUAAAGAAAAAGAUUAUUAGAUCUAGUUUAUUAUUAUAUCAUCCUGAUCGAUUUGAUUCACUUAUUCUCCAACGUAUUCAAUCUCAUGGUUCAGAGAAAGAGAAGGAGAAAGAGAAAGUAAAACAAAUCGGAUUAAGAGUUUCACAAAUCUUAAAUGAAAUUCAUCAAGAACUUUAA